UUUCUUUUUUGUUUAAGCUUAUCAAACUUCACUUCUGCCCAAAAAAAUGUCGAAUCUCGGAGAACCUUUUCGGAUCUCGCCGGAAUAUCCCAGCGGCGAAGGAUCCUCUCUCCCUCAACAAGAACCCUUCGGCCAUGCCGAUCCUCGUGUCCCACUCCUAAACCUCUCGACGGUUAAAACGAGAAUGGAUUCCCUACAACACUUCCUAUCUCAAUCGGUCAACACGAACACUUUGAUCUCCAAAGAUCAGAUGGAUCUCGUCUCCUCCGAAAUCGCCUCCGCCAUCCACCAAAUCAUCGUCAACGGCGCGGCCCUCCUCUCUUGCGCCCAAAAAGGCCAUUACCCAAACCCGACUCCAAUCCGGAACCCGACUCCAGAACCGAAACUCGAGGUCGACGAUUACGAUGAAGGAGAGUCCGAGAUAAUCGAGUUAGACGCGGUCGAGUUGCUGUCGGAACAUUUACAUUUCUGCGAAAUUUGCGGUAAAGGGUUCAAGCGCGACGCCAAUUUACGGAUGCAUAUGAGGGCUCAUGGGAAUCAGUAUAAAACUCCCGAGGCGUUAGCGAAAAAAACAGGUAAUAAAGGUGAAGUGAAGAAUUGGGGUCGGAAAACCCGGUUUUCGUGCCCCUAUGAUGGGUGUAACAGGAACAAGAAACAUGACAAGUUUAGGCCGUUGAAAUCUGUUAUUUGUGUAAGGAAUCAUUUCAAGAGAAGCCAUUGUCCGAAAAUGUAUGGUUGUAAUAAGUGUCAUAAGAAGAGUUUUUCGGUUUUUACUGAUUUGAAGAGUCAUUUGAAGCAUUGUGGAGGUGGGGAAGAGAGUAAGAAGUGGAAGUGUAGUUGUGGGAAUAGCUUUUCUAGGAAAGAUAAGCUUUUCGGACACGUGUCGUUGUUUGAAGGGCACAUGCCAGCUGUUAUGGAGGAGGAGGAUCGGAAGUUGAAAGGAGUGGUAGCAAUGAAGGAAGAUGAGGAAAAGGAAGAGGAGUUGGUGGAGAGGGAGGGGUGGUUGGAAGAUGGGUUUUUUGAUGGUUUGCUUGAUGGGUUUUGCUCGUUCGAGGAUUACUGUUUGCAAGAUGUGUUGGCACCGUCGCUUGAUGGGUUGUAGCAUUUUGGCAAGGGCAUGAUAUAGUGAAAGCUACGUCUGAACUCCGAACUGUAUAUGACGGUUAUCUGGAGAUAGUUUGCUGAGAAUACGAGGCUUUCAGAGUUUGCAUUUCUCUUUGAUGAUGGGAAUGGCAUUCCCUUGUCUUCUUUGCCAAUUCUGUCAUUUUCGUCCCGGGCAAAUAUUAAAAUAAGGAGAGUCCUUUGCUACAUGUGCACUGCUGCACAAAUUUGUCUUUAGGAUACAACAAAAGUUUGAUUAAAUCUGUGCUGCGACAUGGUCUCAAUCAACGGUUCCAAGGGUUUAGUAACUCUCUGACCAUGUUUGGAUAGAACAGAGAUGAAAGUUGCUUGCUGAACGGCCCCUAAAAGAAAAAGAAAAACAUUCUAUUUCUUGCAUUGCAAGUCUAUGCAGUGAAAGUUGUUGUAAACUGGGUGUAUAAUCCCUGCAAGUCGAUGAAGAUUCUUUACGGAGAAUUAAUGGGUUCAAUCGAUAAAAACAGUGUAAUUAGCUAUUUAAAACAGAAAU